UUCCGGAGCAUCGUCGGUGGGACCGGCCGGGCCGAGCACGGGUGGAGGACUAACGCAGAGGAAACAACAGGUCUGCCUUCUCCUCGCCUUCCAGAGCGAUACCAGCGCCUUGCUCUUGGGAUUAUAAAUGUUUGAACGAAGACCCAGGAAACUGGAAGGAGAGCCUCCCGUUGGAAUUAAUAGAAGAGAAAGGAAGGGAGGCUUUUCUAAAUCCUGUACGAGAAAGCUCGUACUGUUUUCCCAUGCUGUCCGUACUCUCUUUAAUAAUGCGAUUGUGACCUGAGUGGAAUUUAUGAGCGAUGAACUAUUGAAGCUUGUUGCACCACUGCCAUCAGACUACAUUUUUUUUUUUUUCCUCAGCACAUGAUUCCUCCAUCCCAGCUGUUGCAGGACCUGUGGGCCAGUAAUAGAGGGAUGGGAAGCUGAGACAGUUUAUUUUCACAUUCUUCUGUUCUGGGGACUUGGCUAGUUAGCUGAGGCUGCUGCUGCUUUUUACUGGAUCUGCUCGUUUCUCGGCAGGUUUAUUUGUUUUCACGUGCACGGGGUGUUUCAAUUAAAUAGACAUUGGACUAGAGCUGAAUGGAUGCUUUGCAAUCUGAAAGGUUUUUGGGGACAACAAAAAACUACUAAAAACAGAGAAGAACUGGUACUGCAGGAAACCUGGGGCCUGUUUUCCAAGCCUUUUUAUUUUAUUAAGCAAGAUGAUGUGUGAGGUGAUGCCAACCAUCAGUGAGGCAGAGAUUCCCUCUGGGGGAAAUGGAGGCCAUGGUUCAGGUUCCCCGUUACAGUCAGAUGCUGAUUCCCAUUUUGAGCAAUUAAUGGUAUCCAUGUUGGAAGAAAGGGAUCGCCUUCUGGAAACACUAAGAGAAACUCAGGAGACGCUAGCAUUGACCCAGGGCAAGCUACAUGAAGUUGGUCAUGAGAGAGAUUCCUUGCAGAGACAGCUCAAUACUGCACUUCCACAGGAAUUCGCAGCGCUUACAAAAGAGCUAAAUGUAUGCAGGGAGCAGCUGCUUGAAAGGGAAGAAGAAAUCGCUGAACUGAAAGCGGAAAGAAAUAAUACAAGGCUAUUACUGGAACAUUUGGAGUGUCUUGUCUCCAGGCAUGAGCGAUCUCUCAGAAUGACUGUUGUAAAGAGACAAGCUCAGUCUCCAGCAGGAGUUUCUAGUGAAGUAGAAGUUCUCAAAGCACUAAAAUCUUUAUUUGAACACCAUAAAGCCCUUGAUGAAAAGGUAAGGGAGAGGUUACGAGUAGCACUUGAAAGAUGUAGCUUAUUGGAAGAAGAACUAGGUACUACGCAUAAAGAGUUAAUGAUUCUGAAAGAGCAAAAUAAUCAGAAGAAAACAAUUCCAGAUGGGAUGCUGGAUAUAAAUCAUGAACAAGAAAAUACACCAACUACAAAUGGGAAGCGAUCCUCUGAUGGUUCUUUAUGCCAUGAUGAAAACCUUGCUAAAGUGAUUGAACUCCAAGACAUCAUAGAUAAGCAAAACAAAGAGCAGACACAAAUGAAAGAACGUCUUACUGCUUUGUCUAGCAGAGUAACAGAGCUGGAAGAAGAUCUUGACACAGCUAGAAAAGACUUAAUAAAAUCUGAAGAAAUGAAUACAAAGUUACAGAGAGAUGUACGAGAGACUAUGGCCCAAAAGGAAGACAUGGAAGAGAGAAUUACAACUCUUGAGAAACGCUACCUCGCUGCACAACGUGAAGCUACAUCUGUGCAUGACCUCAAUGAUAAACUUGAAAAUGAAAUUGCCACUAAAGACUCCAUGCAUCGACAGAGUGAAGAUAAGAAUAGGCAAUUGCAAGAACGACUGGAACUAGCUGAACAAAAGCUGCAGCAGACUUUGAGAAAAGCUGAAACUUUGCCAGAGGUGGAAGCUGAGCUGGCACAGAGAGUUGCAGCACUUUCAAAGUCUGACCUUUUGUCUCCUGGGAGCUCUGCUGCUAAAGAUGCUAAAGUAUUGGAACUUACCACCAAGCUUAGGAAGGCUGAGGAGAGACAUGGCAAUAUAGAGGAACGACUGAGACAGAUGGAAGCACAGCUAGAAGAAAAGAAUCAAGAACUGCAAAGGGCUAGACAGAGAGAGAAGAUGAAUGAAGAGCAUAAUAAACGUUUGUCAGAAACUGUUGAUAAGCUUCUGUCUGAAUCUAAUGAAAGGCUCCAGCUUCAUCUCAAGGAAAGAAUGGCUGCCUUGGAAGAUAAGAAUUCACUACUUCGAGAAAUUGAAAAUGCAAAAAAACAAAUAGAGGAACUUCAGCAUGAAAAGGAUCAGCUUGUAUUAAACGUUGAAGCAUUAAGGGCUGAAAAUGACCAAGUGAGACUCAGAGCAACAUCACUUCAUCAUAGGUACCAGCACUUACACCGACCAGAUUUCAGAUACCCUAUGACAUCUUCAUCUGUGGCUGACAGUCAUACAGACUCCUAUGGCACCUCGUCAGUGUUAAGGCGUCCCCAGAAAGGACGUUUGGCAGCUCUCAGAGACGAACCUUCAAAGGUUCAAACUCUGAACGAGCAGGACUGGGAGCGAGCCCAGCAAGCAAGUGUAUUGGCAAAUGUGGCACAAGCAUUUGAAAGUGAUGUUGAUGUGUCGGAUGUUGAGGAUGACAGGGAGACUAUAUUCAGUUCAGUUGAUCUGCUGUCCCCAAGUGGUCAGGCUGAUGCUCAGACUUUGGCCAUGAUGCUUCAAGAACAGUUGGAUGCAAUCAACAAAGAGAUUAGACUUAUACAAGAAGAAAAGGAAAACACAGAGCAGCGUGCAGAGGAGAUUGAAAGCAGAGUGGGUAGUGGAAGUUUGGAUGCCCAUGGCCGAUUCCGGUCCAUGAGCUCCCUUCCUCCUCCCUAUGCAAGUGGUUCACUUGCUGGUUCCUCCCCGCCUGGCAGUGGCCGCUCCACCCCAAGGCGGAUUCCACAUAGUCCAGCUCGGGAAGUGGACAGACUAGGUAUCAUGACGCUGCCUAGUGAUUUAAGGAAACACCGUAGAAAGUCUCCAGCUUCUAGAGAAGAGGUACGAGAUGAUAAAACCACAAUAAAAUGUGAGACAUCACCACCUUCUUCACCUCGCUCUUUGCGUUUGGACAGAGUCCAAAAAGGAGCAUUGCAUACAGUGAGCCAUGAAGAUAUCGGGGACAUAAGAAAUUCAACAGGCUCACAAGAUGGGCAAGCAAGUAAUCCUAGUAGCAGUAAUAGUAGCCAAGAUUCCCUUCAUAAAGCCCCCAAAAAGAAGGGGAUCAAAUCCUCUAUUGGCCGCUUGUUUGGCAAGAAAGAAAAGGGACGACCUGGACAAACAAGCAAGGAAACAUUAGGACAAGUUGGCAUGGCAGAAGCAGAUAGCUCCUCUCAGGAUGCAUUAGGUCUCAGCAAGCUUGGAGGUCAAGCAGAAAAAAACAGGAAAAUGCAGAAAAAGCAUGAGUUGCUAGAGGAAGCCAGAAGACAAGGUUUGCCUUUUGCACAGUGGGAUGGGCCUACUGUGGUUGUGUGGUUGGAGCUGUGGGUUGGGAUGCCAGCCUGGUAUGUGGCUGCUUGCCGAGCAAAUGUGAAAAGCGGUGCUAUUAUGUCAGCCUUGUCUGAUACAGAAAUACAGCGUGAAAUUGGAAUUAGUAAUCCUCUGCACAGACUGAAGCUGAGGCUGGCCAUUCAAGAAAUCAUGUCACUAACAAGUCCAUCUGCCCCUCCCACCUCAAGGACGACCACGGGAAAUGUCUGGGUAACACAUGAAGAAAUGGAAAAUCUUACAGCCACACAACAAACGGAAGAUGAGGAGGGAAGCUGGGCUCAGACGUUAGCAUAUGGUGAUAUGAACCAUGAGUGGAUUGGCAAUGAAUGGCUCCCUAGUCUGGGGCUCCCUCAGUAUCGCAGCUAUUUCAUGGAAUGUCUUGUUGAUGCUCGAAUGCUGGAUCAUUUAACUAAAAAAGAUCUGCGUGGGCAACUUAAAAUGGUGGACAGCUUUCACAGAAACAGUUUUCAGUGUGGAAUUAUGUGCCUACGAAGACUGAAUUAUGAUCGAAAAGAACUUGAAAGAAAAAGAGAAGAAAGCCAGACUGAAAUUAAGGAUGUCCUUGUCUGGAGCAACGAAAGAAUGAUCCAUUGGGUAGUGUCCAUUGGUCUUAAAGAAUAUGCGAAUAACCUUAUAGAGAGCGGAGUUCAUGGUGCGCUUGUGGCCUUAGAUGAAUCAUUUGAUUACAAUGCAUUAGCUCUCUUAUUACAAAUACCCACUCAAAACACACAGGCUCGUGCUGUUCUGGAGAGGGAAUUUAAUAACCUUCUUGCUAUGGGCACUGACAGAAGACUUGAUGAAGAUGAUGAUAAGAGCUUUAGGAGAGCACCUUCAUGGAGAAAGAAGUUUAGACCAAAGGACAUAAGAGGUUUAGCUGCUGGCUCAGCAGAGACUCUUCCUGCAAAUUUCAGAGUUACAACCUCAAUGUCUUCACCCUCUAUGCAGCCAAAGAAGAUGCAGAUUGAUGGCAGUGUAUCAGGAACACAAAGAUUGGAUUCUGCUACAGUAAGGACCUACUCCUGUUAAAGCCUUCUCCUGUUUACCCACACUAUUUCUACCGGUGAUAUGCAGCAUUUUGAACAUUUGGAAUCCUUAACCUGUUAAUACUUGUUAAAUGGACACUUUGAGAUAUUUUAUUACAGAGUUUUUAAUUAGCAAAUAAAUUCAUGAGUACUAUAGAGAAAAUAUUUUAGAAUCUAAAUGUUUCUUAUAUUUAUGUGACUUCUCAUUUAUAUAGUUACUUACUUUUUCUGUUUCUAUUCAGUCUACAAAUCAAAUCAUUGCUGAUUUUUUUAUUCUAAUUUUAGUCUUUCCAACUGAAUGUACUGUAAUGCUUGUAUGUAUAUGUCCCUAUAAGUAAUAUAGGGUUUUUGUAAAUUAUGCAGUUACUGUAAUUAUCAUUGUUUUUUAAUAAUGAAACUGAAGGUGAAAAGGAUUUUAAUACCUUUGUAAAAGUAUCAUGACACCAAGCAGUAUAUAUUUUGUCUUUUGGAAAUGUUAGCUUAGAUCUGAAAACAAGUCCAGCUUUUUUUCAGGUAAGCAUAUGUUGUUGUAGAAGAUAUGGUACAUGAUUGUUCUUCUUUCCAGAAUUGUACCUUUCCACAAAGAGGAUUUGUCAAGUAGUGGGAAUUUGUCUUUAUUUAAAAUAUAACUUGUUUUAAAAGCUGGGAGGAACUAUAACACUACGGAACACAUUUUAGAAGUGAUUGACUCGGUCAUAACACUCUCUGCUGUAUUUGUAUAGCGUAUCUUCACAGUGACUGAAAACAAGCCAUAAACCAAGAACUGUUUUGUUUGUGUGUGUUUUUUUUUUUUUCUCCUUAACUGAGGAAGAUAGACUUCAUAGUAAUUCCUGGUCGUAACCCACAGGCCACAGAGAGUUUUUGUCCUAGAUCUUUUUGAUUGAAAACACUUGUGGAAAGAUGCUGGUGAAACUAGUUUUAAUGGACCAAUCGUGAAGCACUGCAGUCUCAUCUCAAAUGAGUAGUGAAAGAUGAAGGUACAAUGGGCUGAAAACUAAAGCAGUGCGUGCAACUUCUAAUAAAGGCCUUACUUUUCUUAUGUAAGUCAUCUUUUGUGUUUUGUAAACUUGUUCUAAAGAGUUGUCUGGACUUUAAUUUUGAUGGUUGUAGCCAUUUUGGACUGUAUGAGUAGAAAAUGUAUCCAACACUUGUAAAUGGCAUAUUAAAAAGCCAGCAAGAAUCUGUUCAGAUGGUGCAUUAUUUAUUAUGCAACAAUAUAUAUAGCAUGUCUUUUUUCUUACUUUGUUUUCCACUUUUAACUUGCUUGUAAAACUGAAAUUCAUUGUUACUGUUCUGUUUUUCUAUUAAUCUUUUGUGUAUUUUCAGAUUAUGUAACAAUAUGUACAGUCUACUUUUGAACUAUUUUUAUCACAGUAUUAUUUAUUGCUUUCUUUCAAUAAAGUACUGAUGCAUUUUCCACUGCCAAUAAAACACUAUUGAAAAGCUAAGAUCUAAUUGUAUGCAGGCAGACACUUUUGCGGUGAGUGGAUAUUGUCAAUAAAGCAUCUUAAUGAUUGUU